AUGCGAAUGGAUGAUAAUUUUGGCGUGAGUGGGACCGCACAGAAAGAGGUUAAUUGGAUGGAAGGCCCCAAAAAGUCUUCGUCGAUUUGUGGGAAGCCUUCAGAGCAUCUUUUUUUUUUGGUGUGCGCAUGCUAUCUUUUCACUGCUUCCUUAUUGUGCGUGACGUGGACACGCCUAUAUACAGAUAUGCGCGCGUAUGUCUGUAUUAUUAAUUCUCUCUCCCUCCUAAUCUUUCCAGUUGCCUCACUUUUCUCGCUAUAUGUAACUGGGUUCUUCAUUUUGGAAGUCGGACUUUUUCUUUCUUUUUCGUUGGAUUUUUUUUACCGUCCUUUGCCCUGGCCCGUGGAAGAUGUGCAAAUAUCAAAUAAUUCUGGUGAGCUUGUGGCGUGUGUUUGCUUAAAUGGGGGACACAGGUAUUUGACUCACACGGAAAAUAAUUGCGCAGUAGUGGCUGUUCUACUGGUGACGCUCAAGUGA